UCCCGUGCUUCUAUAUGUUGUGCUUUAAGCCAUAAACAGCAGCCUCAUCAUCUUGCGUACAGCCCAGACGUUCCAGUGAACCGUAGCUCAGUCCAUGGACAGACGAUGGGGCUUUGGAGGCCACUUCUCCUGCACCUGCACCUUGCGGUGUGCAUUUCCCUCCCUGCACCUUUCAACGUGUCCAUCUCUUCCUUUAACAUGGAGCACACACUGAGCUAUCAGCCAGGACCCGGGACCCCCAACAACACACACUUCAGUGUUCACAUAAUCCGACUCAGGUCAAAGAACUCCUGGAGGCCAGUGAAUGGUUGUUUGGAGCUGACUGUCAGACAGACGUGUAACCUCACCAAAGCUUUCAAGCAACCACUCGAUCAUUACCGAGCUCGCGUUCAGGCCUUCACGCCCACACAGAAAUCCAACUGGACAAUGUCUGCACAGUUCCAACCUCUGAGUGACACUGUGUUGGGACCUCCAGAUGUGUAUGUGUCUGGCUGUGGAAACUGCUUACUGGUUAAGGUCAGUGUUCCCACAACAAGGGCACCCCAGCAGAAUGAGCAACUCCGCAAACUCUACAGGGAUCUCGACCUCCUCGUGCGUAGGACCAGGGAUGGAGCACAGUUCAGGUUGAAAGUCCAUUACAAAGAGGAGAGCGUGGUCUCUUACCUGCAGCCGGGUGUAGAGUACUGCGUGGUGGUGACAGUAAAAUCAGUGUUCACCUCCAACUCUGUCCCCAGUAAACCACACUGCGCCUUCACCAGCCCUCCUCAGAACCACAGUUCAUCAGUAUAUAUUGUCCUUGGUUUGGUUGGUACUUUCUGUUUGCUGGUACUCGUCAUUGGAUUACUAUUUGGAAGCAGUCAGAGAGCCCUCAAGUCUUGCCUUUUCCUCCGAGCACAAAACCAUGAAGCUCACCGCCGCAGUCCGACUGUCUUCUGUGCCGUCUGCACUCACGCACUGAGCAGCAGCAGCAGUGGCAUCUACAAACAUGAAGAGGAAGAAGGAUUUUAACUGGAAAUAAGAUGGAAGACAACUUUAAUGGAACUGCAUACGUGAGAAUUGGAGGUUUAAAGGCAAAGUUUGCAGUCUUUGGGAAAGAGACUUCCAUAAAAUACUGAAUCUGUAACUGUUAUAUUUGAAAGUCAUUUACUUUGACCUGUUAGUUCAUUAAAUUAACUUUGACCUUGUUCUUGUUUGAUGAACAAAUGAAAAGCCAAAAGAUUCUAGGUAUUAAAACAUUUAAUAACUUGACAAAUAAGUGAACCAAUGGAAUAGAAAUUAAGUUAACCAUUAGAAAUCCAUUAACCAAUGUGUGUCUCAACCACAGAAACUCGACUUUAUCAGAGUUUUUUGGUUUAAUUCACUGUAACUGCAUCCUUAUUUCUGUCUUAUAUCAUAAUUUCUGCUUAAUAACCAUAAAGUGUGAGCAUGGCUGUGAGUUGUCUGGAUCUUCAAUGUUACUUAUAAACAGGGCAACAAUGAAUUUUCAUUCCGUUAAAAUUUCAUGGUGUAUGUUUGCUUUGAAUUUGUUUUUGUUUUUUUAAAUCUCCAUUAAACAGUUAAACCCCCGUCACACUAGAGCAUGCCGUUUGGAAUUUUUCCAAACGGCGGUGGAGUCAGUCGUACCGCAUUCAUACUGCUGUAGGAAUGGACAUUCAAACGUCAUUCAUGCAAUUUGACCUGCAGUCGAACUACUAAUUGUGCGAAUCAUUCGUGCUGGCUCCAUACCACAUUCUGGGUAUUUGUACAUGGCUGUACGGACAUCUGUCCCGUAUGAAUGCAGCUUGAAUUCUGUUUGUUUUUCCAAUUCAUGUGAUUUGUACAGCAUUCAUGCUCCACUGUCACAGGGCCCUUAACUUCUGUCUUCUCAAUAAAGAGAUCUAU